GAGGGGGGCGUGGUUCAGCGGAGUCGGCAGCGGGAGAGAGAGUCAGGAGACGAACGGUGAGUGAGUGGGUUAAAUGCAAAUGACGAACACCUGUCUCUUGUUUCAGUAAUUGGUGUGGAGAGAGUAUAUAACACCAGGAGAAACAGGAGUGGGGGAGAGAGAGACGGACUACUGACUGCUGCCCCGCUGGUGAUCUACGAGUGAGAGAAUUGUGAAUGAUUUGUGACCGCUUUGUGCCUGUCUGCACCCCUUUUGUUUUGAAUUGUGAGAAUUAGUGCAAAUAAAAAGCAGUCAGUAGUCAAGCCGACCCUGUCCUCUUCCUUCCUGAAUACUGAACUUUGCUACACUGGUGCCGAAACCCGGGAAGGAAGACGGAAGCCGCCGCCAUGCAAUCGUCCUCCGGAUCGCCAUUUGCGGAGAUUAUCACCUCCCUCGCGGUCAUGCAACAAGAACAACACCAGGCCCUGCUGGACUUGAGACAGGAUCAAGAGAGGUGCUUCCAAGUCGUUGUUCAAGCCCAGCAGGAGGACCGCGAGAGGUUCCGGAGCUGGAUUGACCGGGAGGUUCGACCGGAAGCCCUGGAACCUCGAGCUGUGCCCGCCCACCUACCACUCCACAAAAUGGGAUCUGAGGACGACCCGGAGGUUUUCAUCGAUCUCUUUCAGAAGACGGCUGAGCUGUCGGGCUGGCCGCGGGACCAGUGGCCGAUGCGCCUGGUCCCGCUGCUCUCCGGGGAGUCCCAGAUAGCGGCACAGCAGCUUCCGGUGCAGAAUCUCCUGGUCUUCGACGACCUAAAAAGGGCCAUCCUCCAGCGGGUCGGCCGGAGCCCUGAAGAACAUCGCCAGCGGUUCCGUUCCCUGGAACUGGGCGAGUCCGGCCGACCGUUCGUGUUGGCCCAACAGCUCCGGGACUCCUGCCGCAAAUGGCUGUUGGCUGAGGGAAGCGACGUGGAGAAGAUUGUCGAUCGAGUGGUACUGGAGCAGUUCAUUACUCGGCUCCCACGGAGGACAGCAGAGUGGGUCCAGUGCCACCGCCCCACGUCGCUGGACUCAGCCAUCCACCUCGCGGAGGACCAUAUGGUGGCGUGCCCAGGGGUCGGCGAACCCCUCCCAUCUGUCUCUCUCUCCCCGUCUUCCCCUUCUGUCUCUCUCUCUCGUCCUGUCCCUCUCCCCAGGUCCCGCCCACCUGUACAUCCUCGAGUCCCGCCCCGGGGGCGGGGCGGAGUUGACCCGAGCCAGUUUGGGGGUCCCAGAGCCCCGCCCAGGAGGGCGGGACUGACUUCCGCUGGACAGGACCCCGCGCCUGUUUCUCCGCUCUCUCCACGCCAAUCAUUUACCCCACUCCCUGCCACUGGGGCGGCGGGGAGGUCUGGGCCAGCCUGUUGGCGUUGCGGGGACCCGGAGCAUUUCGUGGACAGGUGCCCAGUGAUGGAGGUUGGGACAAUGGUCCGGGUCCCGGACGCCCCGCAGGCUGCCCCCGGUCAAGCUGGCUGGUAUCAAAUACCUACAGACGCGUCGGACAGGGGGCUGGGUGCCGUCCUGUCCCAGGAGAUAGAGGGGGAGGAACGGCCGGUGCUGUACAUUAGUCGGAAGCUCUCAAAGAGAGAGACUAAGUACAGCACCAUAGAAAAGGAGUGUCUUGCCAUCAGGUGGGCCGUCCUCACCCUCCGCUAUUAUCUCCUGGGACGGGAAUUCACUCUCUGUUCGGACCAUGCCCCCCUGCAGUGGCUCCACCGCAUGAAGGAUACCAACGCGCGGAUCACUCGUUGGUAUCUAGCUUUACAGCCUUUUAAGUUCAAAGUGGUCCACAGGCCGGGUGCUCAGAUGGCUGUGGCCGACUUCCUCUCCAGAAAUGGGGGGGGGGGGGGGGCUGCAGGCCGGAUGGCUCCCCGGCCUGAGUCGGGCGGUGGGGGUAUGUGGCGAGGGGGGCGUGGUUCAGCGGAGUCGGCAGCGGGAGAGAGAGUCAGGAGACGAACGGUGAGUGAGUGGGUUAAAUGCAAAUGACGAACACCUGUCUCUUG